GCUUGAGUAGGAAGAUACGCCCAUAUCUCCUGUCGCAUCUGCUCCGAACGAUCAACACCACACCCCCGCCCCCAUGGAAUCCCACCUCAUAGCUCGAGAGGAAAUCGGCAACGACGAUGCUGCCCAGGAUCUCUACGGCCUGGGAGUCCGGCUGGGAUUCUACCUCCAAGGCCUCGCCAUGAUCCUCUAUCUCUACGGCGACGAAGAAAACUACGGCAAGGGGCUGAAGAUAGCGUCGGGAAGCAUUACUGUAUCCAUUUUAGCCUCGUGGUUUUGCUACGCGGUGGAGCAGGCGUUUAGUCCCAGCGAGGCGAUUGUCGUUCUGAUGAUGGUGAUGUGCCUGGCCUUUCCGGCCAAAUAUACUCUGUGUAAUCCCCGAACCAUCAUGGGCGAAACCAUCGGGGUUCUGGCGGUGCUGCUCACCGAAUUGGGUACCUGCGCGGCCCUGCUGUGGACCUUUGGCACUCUAGUGCACAGCCUCCCUCGAUUGGGAACCCCGAAUGUGGUGUUUUUCUUUGCCCGGGUGUCCCUCACCGGCUGGGUCCGCUAUCUCGCCCUCGUUUAUCUCACCAUUGACGCCAUCACCUCCCUGAUGGUUGCCUCGAGAAUGGUUCGCGUCUUGAUGAUUGCCUGGACUGCCUACGCUGCCGGUCGCACCGAACCAUCCCCAGUCGAGCUUGACGAAAUCUCCGCCACCAUCAAGUGGAAGUCGGAAGAGUUCUUCCUGACCAUUCAGGUGUGGGUGGUUUGGGUCUUUACUAUUGUUACGGUGGAGGUCACGUUGUACUGGAAUCACUUGACGCCGGUGAUGGAUCUGCGCUCGCCGGGGCAGUUGAUCCCAUUUGUGACGGGGUUGAUCUUGUUGAUUGAUAGUCUUUCGGUGGUGAGCAGAGCGUAUCUUCCGCGGUAUGCAAGGGCGUGGAAGUUGCCUGGGGUUAUGGCGCAGCUCAAGGAGAAGCCGCAAUUGGAAGAUGAAUCGGAGGUUACGGUGUAA